AUGGUCGUCAAAAUCCGCCUCGCGCGCUUUGGGCGCCGAAACUCCCCCUUUUACAACAUUGUCGUCGCGCAAGCUCGGACCGCACGCAACUCGCUCCCCCUCGAGGUCAUUGGCACCUACGACCCCGUCCCACGGCCCGACCCUUACGACGCCUCGGGCAAGCUGCACAAAGACGUGAAGCUCGACACCAAGCGCGCGUGCUACUGGAUUGGCGUCGGCGCCCAGCCCACCGAUACUGUCUGGCGUCUGCUGUCCAUGGUCGGAAUCCUGCCCAAGAAGCAGUUCGGCCCCGUGGCCAACAAGGCGCCCGUCCAGGUGGACACGAGCCAGGUGCGCAUCCGGUAA